GGAGGCCGUAGCCACUAUCCGCGAAUGGGCGUGAGGUGCCUGGGGGUGCUGGGUGAGGCUUCGGAGGCCCUGGGCUUGGCCGGCGUGGCCUCAACUUUGCCGACCCCGCCGCGUCGGGAGCCAAGAUGGACAGUAGGUGCUACGGCUGCGCAGCCAAAUUCACAGUCUUCAAGAAGGAGUGCGGCUGUAAGAACUGUGGCCGGGCCUUCUGUUCUGGCUGCCUCAGCUUCAGUGCAGUGGUGCGCCGAGCUGGGAACACCCAGCACAAAGUCUGCAAGCAGUGCCACGAGGUCCUCACCAGAGGGUCCGCUCCUGCCAACACCUCCAAGUGGUCACCACCUCAGAACUAUAAGAAACGCAUGGCAGCUUUGGAAGCCAAGCAGAAGCCCAGCACUCCCCGGAGCCAGGGACUGACCCAACAAGACCAGGUCAUUGCGGAGCGCCUGGCACGGCUCCGCCAGGAGAAGAAACCCAAGUCAGUGCCCUCACAGGCGGAGAUAGAAGCCCGGCUGGCUGCGCUGAGGGACGAACCCCAGGGUUCCAUCCCUUCCACCCAGGAGAUGGAGGCACGGCUUGCCACAUUGCAGGGCAGAGCUCUGCCCUCUCACACCCCCCAGCCGGUCCAUCAGCCACUGGACACCAGGACCCAGCCCCAGCAGGCACAGGAUCUGCUGACACAGCUGGCAGCAGAAGUGGCUAUUGAUGAGAGCUGGGAACGAAGAGGCCCAGCUGCCUCUGUCCAGAACGACCUCAACCAAGGUGGCUCAGGGGCCCGGAGCGCUAAUCCGCAGGGGCAGGCCGCCAUGUCCCUGGAGGAGGAGAAGAGCAGGCUGCUGGCGGAGGCAGCAGUGGCGCUGCAGGAGGAGAACACAAGGCAGGAGCGGAUCCUGGCCCUCGCCAGGCGGCUGGCUGUACUGCGAGGACUGAACCCGGAAGGAGUGACCCUCCAGGACUAUCGCCUCCCAGACAGCGAUGAUGACGAAGAUGAGGAGACAGCUAUCCAGAGAGUCCUGCAGCAGCUCACUGAAGAAGCUGCCCUGGAGGAGGCAAGCGGCUUCAACAUCCCUGCAGAGCCAGCUCCCCGACCACGGGCCCAACCCCACAUGACAGAGCCCGAGGCCGCAGCCCCUAGGCCGGAGGCAGAGGCGGAGGAGGAACUGCCGUGGUGCUGUAUCUGCAAUGAGGAUGCUGCCCUGCGCUGCGCUGGCUGCGACGGUGAUCUCUACUGUGCCCGCUGCUUCCGGGAGGGCCAUGACGCCUUCGAGCUUAAAGAGCACCAGACGUAUGUGUACCGCCCACCACAAGCAGGCCGAGAGCACUGAGGAAACCCUGGCCCACCCAGGAAGGGAGGCCUACAGGCAGCCCCACAGGCUGGGCCCCCACCGCUGGGCCCAUCGGCAGGUUCUCCUGCUGACAGGCAUGCCCUUUCCCGAGCCUUGGUGUUCUCGGAAGGAGGAAAGAUCCUCCCCUGGAGACAAUGAGCGGAGGAACCAGAAGGAUAGCCACUGGGAGCCCUAAAGCAGAGAAGCCUAGGCUGGAAGUGAGAGGCAUGAUGGGGAAAGGACCAGACUGAAUCCAAGGAUGAGCCCUGAAACCUGGCUCGGGCCCAGGGCCCAUCCCUGGCACUUACUGGAUUUAAUAAAGUAUGUUGAUUCCUUGGACCCGGCAUCUCUUAUCUCUUGAACCUUGUGAGCCCUGAGUCUGGGCCCUGUGAAAGGCAGCAAGAGCAGAGUAGGCUACAAGCCCAGUCCUGUGGGGCCAGGGGAAAGGUUAAGCUAUCCUGGAAGCUCCUCCAGGAAGGAGCAGUCCCACCCUGAUCAGGUGGCCUCA